GACAGACCACGCCCAACAUUAACCCUUUCUAUAGAAUUGGCGGGAUAAUUUUCUGACCAACACAGAAUCAGCGAUAAUCUCAUUUGCGUUCAACAUGUCUGGGUAUCCAAACCCGCCUCCUGGGCACGGCUACGGUUACAGUGCUCCUCCGACGGCCAACCCGUACGGCGGACCUCCGACUGCCAAUCCGUACGCAGGACCUCCGAUUUCCAACUCUUACAGCGCCCCACCUCCUGCUCAACACUACUCUGCCAACCCGUACGGUGGACCUCCGCCAUCGCAUGGCCAGAGCAGCCCUUAUGACCAGUAUGCUGCCCCCCACUCGACAUCUUCUGGACACGGUAAACCUCCCCAGGAUUAUUCCCAUUCCUGUGGUGGCGUUUACCAGCCAUCGUCGACGCCACCGUAUGGGAGUCCCUUCGCGUCACUGGUGCCGUCGGUGUUCCCUCCCGGUACGGAUCCCAAUGUAAUCGCCUGCUUUCAAUUGGCGGACCAGGACGGUAGUGGAAUGAUCGAUGACAAGGAAAUGCAAAGGGCGCUUUCUUCGUAUAACCAGAGCUUCAGCUUGAGGACUGUUCACCUUCUCAUGCAUCACUUUACCAGCGCUAACGCCAAAAAGAUUGGACCCAAGGAAUUUACGGCUCUAUUUUACAGUCUGCAGAACUGGAGGGCCAUUUUUGAGAGAUUUGAUAUGGACAGGAGUGGCAGAAUUGAUUUGCCUGAGUUGCGAGAUGCUCUGCUGAGUUUGGGGUUUGCAGUUUCACCUGCGGUAUUAGACUUGCUCGUCUCCAAGUUUGACAAAAGUGGUGGGCAAAGCAAGGCUAUAGAAUAUGACAACUUCAUCGAGUGUUGUCUGACUGUGAAGGGCUGCAUAGAAAAGGAAAAACAAAAUGGCGGCUUGAAGGCUGUAGGUGGAGCUGCUGAAAGAUUUUGCUUGAUUACUGUUGUUUCAAAAUAGUUUUCUUUCUCUCUCAUUUUUUGUUACUACUUCUGUGUUGAACAUUAAGCCUAUUCUUUCUCGUAUUAAAUUUUAAUAGUGAGCAUUUUUUUCUGUGUUAACUAAAUGGAGCAUUCCUGGUCUUGUAUUCCAAAACCGGUAAAUCAUUAUCAUCUGGUAGUUGAAUGGAAUUAUGUGGCUGAUGUUGAUUUCACAAC